GCCAAAUUCCUCUUCCCCUCGCAAUGAAGUGUUGCUCGGGGCCCACCACGGGCUCGCGAUGCGCAAGCCCAUAAUUCUUCUUCCCCUCCUCUACUCCGGCGACUCGCCGAUGUCCUUACAGCUAUCCGGCCGCCGUACCGUCCUCUUUCUCAUCCUCAUCGAGCUCCUGGUGCCGCCACGGUGCGCGGGGGAGUCGGCGACGUGCCUUGCCGUGUACCGCGAGGGCGGCGCGCCCGCGGUGUACCAGUCCGCGCACUGCCCCCGCUGGACCAUCCUCUCCGGCGGCGAGGGGGAUGGGGAGAAGGUCUCCUCCUCCCCGCAGCCGAGGAGGUGCCAUGUGGCGGCCCACCGUGGCCGCCGCCGCUCCCAGGAGGACCGCGCCGUCUGCGCGCUCGGCAUCCGCAUCCCCUUCCUAGAGCAAAUGAGGAUUAAAGAGGUGGAUGUCGGAGUGAUGGCAAUAUUUGAUGGUCAUAAUGGAGAUGAGGCCAGUGAGAUGGCUUCUAAGCUCUUACUGGAGUACUUGUUGCUUCAUGUUUAUUUUCUUCUUGAUGGUAUAUACUCCAUCAUGUUCAGAAACUCAACUGGAAAGCUGACACAUAAGGAAGUUACUAUUCUUAACAGUGUUCUUAACCUGUACAAAGAGGAUCAGUCCAAUUACGGGCAGAGGUCAUGUUGGACAUUGCCCACUAUUCUUGAUCGAUCAUUUCACAUGGAAAUUCUGAAGGAAUCAUUAUUGAGGGCAGUUCAGGAUAUUGACCUAACAUUCUCCAAGGAAGCUUUACGAAAAAAUUUGAAGUCUGGUUCAACAGCUACUGUGGUCUUGAUAGCCGAUGGCCAAAUCAUAACGGCUAAUGUGGGAGAUUCAAAAGCAUUUUUGUGCUCACAAAGUCAUGCUCUGUACAGCGAAAAGAGGAAACGGAGAAGAAAGAGAAAUUCUAGCAAUCACGAGGACUUUGCUUUGGCAAAUUAUGGUGGACCACUUUACAAUGUAAAGGAGUUAACCAGGGACCAUCAUCCGGAUAGAGAGGAUGAGAGAAGGCGUGUAGAAGCUGCUGGUGGUUAUGUUCUUGAGUGGGCUGGUGUAUACCGUGUUAAUGGUGAGCUUGCACUAUCUCGAGCUAUUGGCGACGUGCCUUUUAAACGGUAUGGUGUAAUAUCGACACCUGAACUAACAGGGUGGGAGCUUCUGUCAGCAAAUGAUAGCUUCCUUAUUGCCUCCUCUGAUGGUGUCUUUGAGAAAAUGAGUACGCAAGAUGUUUGCGACAUGAUGCUAUAUGCAAAAUUUGGUGUUAACCAGGAUUUUGAACCCUUUGCUGUUAUGCAACAGAAUUUGGCGGAUUAUAUAGUUCAUCUUGCUUUACAGAAAGGCACAACAGACAAUGUAGCAGCUGUGGUUGUUCCAUUGGAGUUUCCUAGUAGCUCUGGAGCUAGAAUAGAAUAUUGGCACCAUCUUGAAGAAAAUCCAGUGACAUCUGUUUUGCCUUUACAGACCAUUCCGUACCAACACAAGUCGGAAGAUGGAGUAAGUUCAGCUGUUAUUGAAAUGGAGUAUUUCAAGCGCUCAUCGGCAAAGUUCCAGAGAUUCUUGGUUGAUGCAAAGCUUAAGAGACUGGGUUGUUUCUACUUAUCUGAGAGCCUUGAUGAAGACAUGGACUUUAUAUUUAGGGUACCCAAGGGCUAUCAGCAGGAAGGAGUCCGUGACUUCAAUCAUGUGCCAGCUGAAAAUGCGUUAUCUUCUGAUGGAAAUCUUGAAAAAUACAAGGACAGAAACUUUUGCUGGCACCUUGUCCAUCAAGAUGAUGAAAUGGGACGAUGUACCAGUCCUGAAGGGUUCGCAAAUUAUUUUGGCUUGCUUGAUUCUGUUUCACAUAAUGGAAGCAGAUCAAGCAGUUCACAUGCAUUUGGCUACAAGAUAGCUGACAUCAGGUACAAGCUGAAGAGAAGAUUCGAUCGCGGUUCAUAUGGUGAAGUCUGGUUGGCAUUUCGUUGGAAUUGCUCUGAUGAUGUAGAUAUACAUAAAGAUCCUUCCCACUUUAGCACUAUACUUACACCAGACUCGUAUAAUUGCACAAGUUCAAACACAUCGUCGUCAUCUGAUGAAAAUCAUGGCUCAGACAUGAUAGAUGGUGAUUUAUUCAUAUUGAAGCGCAUAAUGGUGGAAAGAGGAAAUGCUGCUUACUUGAGCGGACUGCGGGAGAAGUAUUUUGGAGAAUUAUUUUCAAAUGCUUCAAAAACCCUUGAAGUUUUGUCAAGGAUGGAAUCAUCAUCUGCAACGUUUCCGAUGGACAUGCAAUUCAUUGAGUAUACAUUUCCAGAACAGAACAUCUCAGCUGUUGAAGAAUCACUGAAGCAUGUGGCUAGGUUUAUAGAAUCUUUUGAAUCAGAAUCAAGGGAAAUAUGGCUUGUGUACCGCAAUGAAGGCCGCUCAUUGUCAAAAUUGUUAUAUGCUGCUGAAGAAACAAAGUUAGUUACCGGUGAUGAUAAUGAGAGGGUCAGAUAUAUUCAAGUUCUGCAACCAUCAAAGUGGUGGUAUUGGUUAAGGACUACUGAAGCUGGGCAAAGACAAAUGCAAAAUCUCUUAUGGCAACUGCUAAUGGGUCUGAAAGCAUGUCAUGAUCGUAACAUCACUCACAGGGAUAUUAAACCUGAGAACAUGAUCAUCUGCUUUGAGGAUGUGAAGACGGGAAAAUGUUUAAGAGAGAUCCCAUCUGAAGCAACGGAAAACAAGCUGAACAUGCGUCUUAUUGACUUCGGCAGUGCCAUUGAUGAUUUCACUUUGAAGCAUCUUUAUGGUUCAGGGCCUACUCGGUCUGAGCAGACUUUUGAGUACACUCCUCCAGAGGCACUCCUCAAUUCAAGCUGGUUUCAGGGAUCAAAAAGUGCAAGCCUGAAGUAUGAUAUCUGGAGUGUUGGAGUUGUCAUGCUGGAACUGAUAGUUGGUUCUCCACAUGUUUUCCAGAUAAGUGACCGUGCACGUAUUUUAAUGGAUCAACGCCUUGACGGGUGGAGUGAGGAAACAAAGGAGCUUGCAUACAAGCUGAGGUCUUACAUGGAACUGUGCAUUUUAGUACCGGGGAUUUCUACACAACAGCAAGGCAGCAUUAAUUCCGAACGGGGCCACGGCGGGUUAGCUUCUUGGAAAUGCUCUGAAGAGUCAUUUGCCCGUCAAGUGAAAAUCCUAGACCCUCUUAAAAUGGGCUUUCCUAAUUUGUGGGCAUUGCGACUAGCGCGCCAGCUACUAGUGUGGCAUCAUGAUGACCGUCUAAGCGUUGAUGAAGCAUUGAACCAUCCGUACUUCCAAGAGCCACCAUAAUAGAUAGGUCAUGAAGAGAUGUAAUCAGACAGUCUUCAAUAGGUCUUUCAGGUUUAACUAGGGUUAUUUGGCAAGGUUGCUCAACGGAAUCGUGAAUCCUGUCCAUCAGAUGUUGUAAAUAUCACACAGUGCAAUGCAACGUAGGCAGAGAAAGACAGUUGGAAGGUGGAGAAACAGUUGUAUAGUUAGAUCCAAAAUGAAGUGGAACCAUGCCACAACGUGAUCCAUUAACGGUUGCAUCAGGAGUACUACUUGUUGCGGAACGUAUAGUAUACUGAGCUCACUAGUUGUUUGGGUCACAAAAGUGGAAGCACUGGAACAUAUAACAGAAAAUAAAAAUAUAUCGUUAGUUUUUGUCA